CUUCGCUGCGAAGAAAAUGGCGGCGGCGCCGAGCGGAGACGAGGAGAGAUUGGAAGAGAAAUCAGAGGAGAACUUACAGGGGCUGAAGGACAGGCCCCCCAAGGCCAAGAAGGUGAAGAAGGAGCGGAAGGAGGAGAAGCAGCAUGAGCCGGCGCAGCCCUCCGCCGAGCCGGCCGAGGCCGGCAAAGCCGAGACCUCGGAGGGAGCCGGGACGGCGCCGGCCGCGCCGGAGGCCUCGGCCUCCCCCAAGCAGCGGCGCUCCAUCAUCCGCGACCGCGGGCCCAUGUACGACGACCCCACGCUGCCCGAGGGCUGGACCCGCAAGCUGAAGCAGAGGAAGUCGGGCCGCUCGGCCGGCAAAUACGACGUCUACCUGAUCAACCCGCAGGGAAAAGCCUUCCGCUCCAAAGUGGAGCUGAUCGCCUACUUCGAAAAGGUAGGAGACACCUCCCUGGACCCCAACGAUUUUGACUUCACGGUGACCGGCCGGGGCAGCCCAUCGCGGCGGGAGCAGCGACCCCCCAAGAAACCCAAAUCCCCGAAGGGGCCCGGGACGGGCCGAGGCCGCGGCCGGCCCAAGGGCAGCGGCGCGGCGAAGCCCAAGACGGCGGCCUCGGAGGGCGUGCAGGUGAAACGGGUCAUCGAGAAGAGCUCCGGGAAGCUGCUGGUGAAGAUGCCCUUCCAGCCGGGGCAGCCGGGGGCUCGGGCCGAGGGCGCCGCGGCCACCACCUCGGCCCAGGUGCUGGCCGUGAAGCGCCCCGGGCGGAAGCGGAAAUCGGAGCCGGACAGCCAGGCGGUGCCCAAAAAACGGGGCCGGAAACCGGGCGGCGGGACGGGGGCGGGCGGCGGGGCGGGGGCCGCGCCGGAGGCCAAGAAGAAGGCGGUGAAGGAGGCGGCGGCGCCGGCGGUGCAGGAGACGGUGCUGCCCAUCAAGAAGCGCAAGACGCGCGAGGCCGUGGUCCUGGAGGCCCGCGAGGCCGCCGCCGCCAAGCCGCCGCCGCCCGCCCCCGAGCGCAGCCCCAAGGGACCCAAGAGCGCCAAGAGCCCCGGGCGGCGGAGCAAGGAGGGCAGCCCCAAGGGGCGCACCCCGGCGCCCGGCGGCAAGAAGGAGCGGGCGUCCCCGCCGCCGCCGCCGCCGCCGCCGGCGGCCCCCGAGCCCCCCGCCAGCCCCAAGGACAGCGCCAGCCCCCCGCCGGCCCAGGACUUAAGCGGCAAGGGGUGCUCGGAGGAGAAGGGGGGCCCGGCGGCCAGCGACGGCUGCGCCAAGGAGCCGGCUAAGACUCACCCGCCCCCUCCGCCGCCCGCCGCCUACAAACACCGAGGGGAGGCCGAGCACAAAGACACUGUGUCCUCCUCUUCCUCCUCCUCCUCCUCCUCCUCCUCCUCUUCCUCCUCCUCCUCGUCGGCGGCGGCUCCCCCCCCUCCCAGCGCCUCCGUGCCCCGGCCCGCCGGCCGGGACGAGGCCGUCGACACCAGGACGCCUGUCCCCGAGCGGGUCAGCUGACUGUGAGCGCCCAGCGCGCGCGCGCGUGGGGCCAGGCGCGCGGACGGACGGACGGACGGACGGACCCCCCCCCCCCUUCCCCUUCCCCGCGCGCACGCAGGCAGCCGCACGCACACCCCCCCCCAACCCCGUGCACACGCCGCCCUCCCUCUCCCUCCCGCUCCAGGCAGCUCUCCGAGGGCCCCGGCUCCCCUCGUCGUCGUCGUCGCCCCCCCCCCAAAAAAACACCUCGUUUUUAUUACCGAAAAGCACAGCGAGGGGCCCCCCCCUCCUGCCCCCCCGCCCCGAAAUGGGGCCCAAAACCACUUUGCACUUUCGUCUCUAGAAAGAUAUGGGGGGGGGAAUCCCUCUUCUCCCCCCCCCCCCGCACGCUCGGCCGCGUCGUACUACUGUCCGGGGGGGGGACGGGACGGGACAGGGACGCCCCUUCCCGCGGCGGUCCGGGUGCGUGCGCGCCGGGGGGGGGGGGGCUGCGGACGUGCGCGGCCUCGGCGCGGCGCUUCACUCGUUCUUCCAGUUCGUUUAAUUUUCGUGCCCCCCCCUCCUCCCCCCCCCCCCCCCGUUUUUAGCCUAGGGAACCAUUUGCACUAACCAAGCCGUGGCCGGGGGG